AAUUCCGCCUGAAUCCAGACGCUGAGACUCAUGAAGCUUAAGCGCUUCACUGCAAAGCAACACAGAAACGGAGCAAAACUCGCCGGCUAAGCUCAUCUCUCUCCAAAGACUCAACCAACGCCGCUCUUGAUUUGCCUGAUCCCAAAUCUUCGCGCCCCUCCGCCGCUUGUCACCACCGACGACGACCGCCCCUCCACGUCUGUGAGAAAGAAGGUUUUGGCUUUGAUGUGGAUGGAAGAUGGCGGAGCCAUCGACGAUGACUGGUGAUGUGAGGGAGAAGAAGAUAUGGAAAGGAGUUUUUGCUGUGUCUGGAAUCAUGAUUACUCUUGUCAUCUAUGGUGUUCUUCAGGAGAAGAUCAUGAGGUUCCCAUAUGGGGUAAACAAGGAAUAUUUCAAGUAUUCACUAUUUCUUGUUUUCUGCAACCGCAUUACAACAUCUACUGUUUCUGCUGGUGUUUUACUAGCAAGUAAAAAAGCACUGGAUCCUGUUGCUCCAGUCUACAAGUAUUGUCUCAUAUCAGUAUCAAACAUACUAACGACAACUUGUCAAUAUGAGGCCCUCAAGUAUGUGAGCUUUCCAGUUCAGACACUUGCAAAGUGUGCCAAAAUGAUACCUGUUAUGAUUUGGGGCACUUGCAUUAUGCAGAAGAGAUACAAGGGAUUUGAUUAUUUGGUAGCUUUUCUGGUGACACUGGGUUGUUCAAUAUUUAUUCUAUUUCCGGCAGGAACUGACUUUAGUCCUUAUAACAGUGGAAGAGAAAAUACUGUUUGGGGCAUCUCCUUAAUGAUUGGUUAUCUUGGGUUUGAUGGUUUUACAAGCACAUUCCAAGAUAAAUUAUUUAAAGGCUAUGAUAUGGAAAUACACAAUCAAAUAUUCUACACAACAGUAUGUUCUUGUCUGCUCAGUUUGACAGGUAAAGUUUACUCGAUCUCCAUUGUAACUUAAAAUAUCCAGUUUUAGAUCUCUCUCUCUCUCUCCCCAAAAAAUCAUGCAUGAUGGUUCUUUUUCACUGGUAGCUUCUUCAGAGUGCAGAGGAGAUAAUUCCAACUGAUGUUUUGUGCUUCAUUAGUUUCUGUUUUAACUAAUUUAGUCUAAUCUAAAAGAUAAGAAAUUGUAUGCGUCCUCAAAGGCUUCUUAAUUGAUUUUUCAUGAUCAAAUAGGUAAGGGUACCCAAAUGUCACCAAAGUAAGCCAAUAGUUUGGAUAAUUUCUUUCAGCUUUCAAUGCUAUCUAAGAUCAAAUUCCAGUGUUUUCAAUUCUUGUGGCGUGGUAAACCUUGCUUUCAAGUACCUAAUUCUGUGUUGCCUAUUCAAGCCAAAUUUGAUAUUUUAUACAGGGACACUAUUGUCAAGUAUUUAAUUUGGUCCCAAGUCCUAUUUGAAAUAUGAUGGGCUUAUGACUCUGUUUCAGCUUCCACGUUGAUCAUUCAUGUUCGUGUUUCCUUCUAGAUUACAUUAUAUGCUGCAUGCUGCUGACUGGUUACUUAUGCAUAAUAUUUGGCCCUUUUUUUUGUUUGUGUGGAUUAGGCCUGGUAUUGCAAGGACAUUUACUUCCAGCUAUAGAAUUUGUUCAUCGCCAUAGUGAUUGUUUCCUCGAUAUUGUAUUGCUUUCAACUGUAAGUGAGUUU